UUGCCAAACCAGCCCAACCGCGAGGCCCAUCCAAUUGCCACCGCAUCCGCCACGCAAACGCAGGCAGACCGCACCGAAACCACACAGCCGAGCACACCAGCAGAUCCCAAGCUCACCGGCGAGGAGAAGACCGGCGGCGGCGAUGGGUUUCGUCAUGGAGUUCGCGGAGAACCUGAUCCUCCGUAUGAUGGAGGACCCGGACAAGCGCGACCAGGUGCGGCGGGAGCACGUCUACCGGAUGAAGGAGCGGUGCGAGCGCACCAAGGCGGCGUGGAGCCUCCCGCUCCGCCCCUACGGCUUCUGGACCUACGAGCGCUUCAACUCCCAGCUCUCCUGGGACCCCCAGAUCAGCCAGGCCGCCGGCCGCCGCGACCCCUACGACGACCUCAUCACCCGCCACUCCGGCAGCCCGCCGUCGUCCUGAACACCCGUGCCGAUAUCUUUUGCCAGGAAGAUUACAUGGGCAAGCAAUAAGAAACUCAUUCUCUCAAACUGAUUCUGAUUCCUUUCUCUUCUGUUUGAGAAUGUUAUCACCGAACCACCCUACUUUCUGUUUCAGUUUGGCAUGGAAGCAGAAGUUGUUGUCUACUUCCAUUCUUAAGUUUGUCUUUGUAUCAUGAAAUGUUUAAAUAAUCUUACAGAGCACUCAAUUGCCUUACAAUUCGGGAAACCCUUCCGGUGACUGUCUUGUAUAGUUGGAUGGUUUGUCAAGGGCUGGUAUUUUUCUAUCUUGUA